AGCGUCAUGUGUGAUCACGGAUUUCUAUUGGUUAAGCCUGUCUUCAUACUGUACUGUCUUUAGUAAAUUCACGGACGUUUGUUAUUUACAUUCUCAAUGGCAUCUUCUAAACCCACCGACGAAGAUUCUCUGCUGAAAGGGGGACAGAAAAGGUCCAGCGUUGGUGGUGGAUGUACCAAUUUAGAUGAGGGUCAGCCACGUCGGAGAACAUUGAGCUCAGAACUUCCUCCCAACAUGUCCAUGACCAGAAUAGUUCUGGUGGGGAAGACUGGUGCUGGGAAGAGUUCUUCAGCCAACACCAUCCUGGGGAUGCCUUCAGAUCAGCUGGUCGUAUGUCAUCUGUCACCAAAGAGUGUUCUAAAGAGACAGGGGAGGUGGGAGACAGACAGGUCACUGUAGUCGAUACACCUGGUCUAUUAGACACAAAUCUGGCUGAAUUGACAGUGAAGAGAGAGAUAGCUAAAUGUGUUAACAUGUCAGCGCCUGGUCCACAUGCCAUCGUACUUGUUAUUAAAGUAGGUCCCAUCACCAGGGAGGAAAUGAGCACAGUACAGAAAGUUGAGGAAAUAUUUGGGAAAGAUGCA